AUGGGAUCAACAACUACCCAGAUCGAUAUUGACGCCAAGGUGAUCUACAACUACCAUCGCAUGGGUAUGCCUUUGUACCCCGCCACGGCCGUCUUCUGCCUCUGUAGCCUCGACAAACGCGUUGCGGCUCGUGCUGCGCAGCUUUUCCUGGAUGGGUACGGAGAGUACCUUAUCUACUCCGGUGGCGUCGGCAAGUUGACGGAAGGGCGGUUUACUGAGCCCGAGGCGGAGGUCUUUGCAGGCAUCGCGGGGAAAUUGGGAGUGCCGGACGAUAAGAUCAUUGUGGAGCCACGAUCUGGUAACACUGGCGAAAAUGUCCGCUUUACCUAUGAUCUGCUCAAGCAACGAGGAUUGGGAACGAAGAGUUUCGUGCUUGUGCAAAAGCCAUAUAUGGAAAGACGGACUUAUGCCACGUUUCGCAAGCAAUGGCCAGAUGAGGCGACAAAUUUCACAGUGGCGAGCCCGUCGCUGGAGUUUGAAGAGUAUCCGGAUGCAGACAACCCCAAAGAGCUGGUCAUCAACAUCAUGGUUGGAGACUUGGUGAGGAUAAGGGAAUACCCGAAAAGAGGGUUUCAAAUCGAGCAGGAAAUCCCCAAGAAGGUAUGGGAGGCAAAUGAGCGUCUCAUAGCAGCCGGGUUUAGCGGUCAUCUGCCUUAG